AUGCCCAGUCUCUGGGGGUUCAUUCUUGCCAUCUUAGGGACAAUCUUGGUUCUCAGCAUGAUUGUUCUGCUUUGUUACCAACUGGUACAGAAGAGGCGUCGGGAGAGGCUGCAACGGAGGAUUGAGUCUGGAGAGGCAGACAUGGAGAUGCUGGGUCUGCACCUCAUGAAAGUCCCACAGGAGAUCUUGGAUACACUGCCGAUAUACACAUAUCCGGAUUGGAGCGCAUUGGGUGACACCCCCGAGUCCAACGACAAGAGUUCCUUACGGUCCAAAGAAGUCCAAGAAUACACGGAGGAAAAGGAGAAAACACUCACAAAUCCCGACGCCAUCACAGCGGACGGGGUACGGGAUGACAAGCAAGAAAGCCAAGAAAAAGAAGAGCCGGGAGACGAACAAUCAUCGGGCGAUGCCAACAACUCCCCCAGCGCGCCGUCCCGUUCGUCGUCAAUCAGCACCUGUGCCAAAGGCCGCCCUCCCAAGCUCAAGAGGCUGAGCCAUUCGCAGACCACAUGUGCCAUCUGCCUCGAGGACUUCGUCCCGCAUGAUUCUACUGUCCGCGAGCUCACCUGCAGUCAUAUUUUCCACGUCGAGUGCAUCGAUGCGUCGCUGACGCGGAAUAGCUGUCUAUGUCCGAUGUGCAAGAAAAGCGUUUUUCCGCCAGGGUACUACCCGGUGCCCAUCACCAAUAGGGUAGUCCAUCGAGAUUUCAUGAUGCGGAGGGCGAAUUCGGCUUGA